GAGUUUGUUAUUGUUGACGACUUUCUAAAAUUCCAUUUGUCCAAUUUGUCCAUACCUUGAGUGGGAGUGAUGAGUAGAAAACAGAUAUACACCUGUACCAAAAAUUGUCUCAUUCUCGUAGUCGUUCUACAAAUUCUACAAUUCAACAGUUAGCUAUCGUUAAGUAGUCAGUAAGUAAUGAGGAUUUUUCUCCUAGUAUCUUGUCUUCUAUCUUUCUAUCUAUUGUAGAGGUUUGCUUUGAUUCUCAGGUGUAUUUUUCGAAUCAAAAGAUGGACAACAGAGCGUUACAAGAAGAUGAACUUUUAGUCCUGGAAAGUAUUUACAAUUCAGAUGAAUUCAACAGAACUGAACAUUCAAACUUGCUGGGUGGCCGUCUUCAUAUUUACCAUGAACUUCCGAAGGAUUUUAAAAUCAUCGUAAAGAGAUACACGCAAUCACCUAAUAUUGAGUACCGGGAACUAAUUGUAUCCAAAGUACCUCCUUUAGAGGUGGACUUCACACUGCCGCUAAGAUAUCCUUCAGAAUCACCACCAGAUUACACAAUAUCUUGUCUAUGGCUCACUCCUAAAAUGCUGUCUGAAUUGUGCCUUAAGUUGGACGAAUUAUGGCACGAGAAUAAAGGAAGUGAAAUACUUUUUAUCUGGGUCGACUUUAUCAAAGAAAACAUCAUCCAACUUUUUAGCGUGGAUAAUUCUAUUACAAUCGAUGACUUAUCUACAGCUCACUUGGGCGAAUCGUCCCUCAUUAACACGUUGUCGUGCCUUCAGAUUGCUAGUAGUAGUAAUAGUAUCAAUAAUGAGAGUACAGUAAAUGUCAAACCUCCCUUGGUAACACCAAUUAGUGAGAAGCCUAGAUUUCAGCCUGCAUCCAAAGAUCUAGAGUUACAAAUCCAGCCUCAGAUUGCUGAUGCCUCUAAAAAUUCUGAGCCUGGAUCUAAAGGUCUUGAGUUACAAAUUCAGCCUCAGAUUGCUGAUGCCUCUAAAAAUUCUGAGCCUGGAUCUAAAGGUCUAGAGUUACAAAGUCAGCCUCAGAUUGCUGAUGCCUCUAGCAAUCUGAAUCCACAAACAAAUGGAGAUUCCGAGAAGUCUGAUUUAUGUGAUAAUAGAGUUUUAAUAAAAAAUGUAGAUACCCCCAUCCAUAUCAUCCUUAAUGAAUAUAACACCAGGAAAGUUCAAGAAGAGCUCAUGAAGUCGCAAGUCAUGUGCAACUCUUGCUUUGAUGAGAAGUUGGGGGCAGAAUGCACUCAGUUUACACCUUGCUUUCAUGUAUUUUGCAAAGAAUGUGUAUCCUGCUACUUUGAGACUCAAAUUAAAGAAAAUCGGAUUUUUUCUCUCGGGUGCCUAGAAAAUAAAUGCGAGUCCCCAGCAUCGCAAGCGCAAAUCAAAGAACAUAUUGAUGAAGUUCUCUUUGAAAAAUAUGACAAAUUGCUGCUUGAAGCUUCACUUGUUGUAUUAACUGACAUCGUCUAUUGUCCAAGAAAAUUUUGCAAUUACCCUGUCACCAGAGAGCCCAAUGAAAAGUUGGCAAUCUGUCCUGAAUGUAAAUAUCCGUUUUGUGUUCUUUGCAAAAUGACGUAUCAUGGUAUUGAAAAAUGUAAAUUUGCAUCUGGCGAGAAACGGGCUUUGGUCCUGGCAUAUCAAAAUGGUGAUGCUAAACAAAGAGAAGAAUUGGAGCUUCGGUAUGGUCACCGGCAGCUACAAGCGUUAUUAUUUGAUGAACUAUCAACUCAGUGGAUCAGUAGCAACAGUAAGAACUGUCCCAACUGUAGCUCUCCAAUUGAGAAAAACGAUGGCUGUAAUAAGAUGACAUGUACAAAGUGCGGAAUUUUUUUCUGCUGGGUCUGUGGAACUUGCUUGUCUCAGGAUCGGCCCUAUGAUCACUUUUCAAACCGCACAUCUAAAUGCUUUAAUCUCUUAUUUGAAGGUGCCAAUGUUGUAGAUGAAGAAUUUGAUGCUCUUCUAGAGGAAGAAGAGUUUGAUGAACAAUUUUGAAUCGAUGAAGAACAAGAAUAUUGAAAAGUUUUAAACUGUAAACUAUUGGCAAUCUUACAGUGUAAGCUGAUUUUUCUACUUAGAAUGCUUGAAUAUUCGGUUGCUGCUUUAUUGUGUCUUUCCCAGACCUGAGGAAGUCUGGACUUUCUCCUCUCAUAGACUGAAACUUUUUCAUGGGCUGUAAAUUUUUAUUGAAUUCCAAAGCUUUUCUCCAUUUUUUGGCCUCUUAGUAGAAACAUAUAACUAGGUAAUAAUGUUCCUCAUAAUGGCAUGUAAAAGUAACAUGAGGUAGGUAAACAUGUCCCCCAAUUUUUAAAAAAAUAGGUGAAAGAAACACGGUUCAAAAUAUAAAUUAAUAGUUUAAGUGGGUUGAUUAGGGGUGAAGCUGAAGGAAUAAUGACUAGGAACAAAUGUAGUCAAUGACUGAAUGUCAUUAUUGAGAUGAAACAAUAUUUCUGUUGUUAAGUUGUUUUCAUCCUCGCAAAAUGAAUCAACUCAGAUCAAAAUAUUAGAAAAUAAAUUUAAAUCAAUUUCAAUUAAAUUGAUUUAAAAAUAGAGUUUGCUGGUGCUGCAUCAAACGUCAAUUUGUUUAAAUUAUAAAUUGAGGUUUAAAUCAUAGAUACCGUAACGUUUUGUAGCAUUCUAAAUCAUAAUUGGAUAUUUAACUGUCUUGAGCAUAGCUAUGAAAAACCUCCCUAGUUUACCUAACUACAUUGGGUGUCCUGAAAGUGGGUGUACUGGGAUGGGUGCCGUAACUGAAACAAAUGCAGCUAAGGAGCUAGUAAUGGUUCCAUACAAAAGGACAGCUCCUUCUCUAUUAACUGACACCUAUUUAAACUCAUUCGGUCAAAACUUGCGAAUUUCUGACAGUUCAACAAAUAAAAAAAAGAAAGAAAACAAAGCAACUGGGGCCUCUUUCCACUUUCAACAUAAUUUUUUUUUUGCCAAUAUUUGUAGAAUUCAAAAUUCUUCCUGGCUGUCUUAAGUACUAGAGAUAUUUCUUUCCUCUUUAAAGUAUUUUCCAUCGAAGUUUAUGCGCUCCUUAAUUCUCUCGAUCUAUUUAACCACUAUCUCUUCUCUUAAUUAUUCAGCAGAAAUGGUAGUGGAAUUUUCAACCAAAUGUGCUCAUUUUGAUGUUCAGAAGAAAAAAAGGGAUAAAAAUGAGCUGUUCCUUUGAAUGAAACCAUAACCAUUUCCCCAGUUGCAUUCUUUUUGAAGUCAUGGCGCUAGUCCUAGUACUUUUAAGGUACCUUAAUUUUGCAAAAAAAGAAGAAAAGAACAAAAUUUAGCUCCUCUACCAAAUGCAUUGCACUUGUUAGAAGGGAUAAUUUUUUUUAUAUCUACCUCCGAAAAUUAAGAGGAAAAGACGUAAUUUUAUAGUUUUUGAUAUCAUUAACUUACUUUUUUCCCACUCCGAACAAGACACACAAGACUGAACAUUUGACCUCACCAGAUUUAAAAACGUGCCUUUCUUGGGCUGCAGAACCGUCAGUCCUCCUUCAAAGGCAUACACAAACAAAGAUGUACUGCAAAGUUUUUCAACGCUUUUCGAAUGUCUGACUCUCCGAAGAAAAAGCAGUCUGUCAAGACAAUAAUAAUUUCAAUUUGUUUGCGAGGCACAACCUUUUCCUCAUAAGUAUCAGAAUCAGGUAUUCAUUUGCUGCUCAAUCAGUAUUUACAUUUAAGACUUUUAUUGUCAGUAUCGAGGGAUUCUGGAAUCUCAUAACUCACUGUGAAUUGUUCCAGAAAAAUUCCUGGUAGCUUUUACAGGCCAAUCAGAAUUGAGCUAUAGACUUGGAAACUUCAUUUUUUAGCUUUUAUCAUGAAGACUCUUUGAUGUGCGAGGUUUACUAAGUAGGCUUUUAAGCAUAUGUAGUCAAAAAACUUGGCUGUUCCAAGGGAAAGAGACUUUGGUCUAUCAGGGCAAAAUUUUAGGCGCAGUAAUUUUUGUUAAGUUGGGUUUAAAAAGGGAUUUCAAGAUUUAAAAAGAAAAAAGAAAACCCUCUUCAAUGUCCUGAAAAAUGAAUAUCUAUUUUAAUUUGAGACUGCAAGUUCAUCAAUCAGAUAAUUUUUUUUUCUGUAGAUUACUCUUUUUUAUUUUAUUGUUGGAAUGUUAUUAUUUUUCAUCUAUCAAUCUUCCAAAAGGCAGAAGAUAGAAUUAAAAGUAGAUAAUGUGUGUCCCUUCAUGGAGGUAGAACCUCAGCACACAAAAUCUCAAAAUUUUUCAUUAAUGAUAUGACAGAGCAUAGGAGAGUGUUCUAUGGACAGUUUUGCAUAAGUAAGUUGUCCUAAAGUGUCCAAUCAAACUAGGGUUCUGGCAGUUUAGUGUUUGCAGUUUAAGUAACGUUGUUUCAAGGAGAAUGUAAUGUUGAAUGAGAAGUAAUGUUUUUACAAUUCAUGCCAUUUUUAGGUUGCCAAACUAUCAGGUUUUAAUGCAACUUACUUUAUGCUCUCUAUUAGCUUAAAAAUUUUAUGAGCUGCUUGCAAAUUAUUCUGUAAGACACUGACAACAAGAGACCUUUCUCCCCUAGUGUUAAAAUUCUCUUUUUUGACCAAACUCAAUAAAAUUUGCGCAAAGUACUGAAAAUUUUGUCUCUGUGGACUACAAUACCUUUCCCUAUAGACAUUCACCUGUUUAUCAUAUUCUUUUUAUUGUGUCGCUUGAAUUGAUAAGAAGUUGGUUUCAAGGGAUCUAAAUUUUUAAAAUUAAUGUCUGGGCUCUCAGUUGCCGCAGCUUUCUGUAUAAUCAAACCUACCGGGCGUCUAGGAAUCAAUGAUGGCUUGAAGCUGCAAUCGAGAUGUAGAGACCCUAUAGGACCCUGUCCUAGAGAUUACUGCCCAACCAUAGGAAGUACAAAAUAUUUUUGAAUAUGUUUAAUGAUACCAAAAUGGGUGAACGAAUCCCCUAAAUCCACCCUAAACCUGGUAAAGUUCUGAAAAAAGAGGAACUCAUUACCCAUCCUUGUUAUACAGUUCUUGCAAUUUUAAUUUUCCUUACUUUUUUAUCAGUUUUAAAUUUCUUAUUUUUGAUUUU